UUAGGGCUUCGGAGAUCAAUUUCUCUUCGUCGUGUUUACCAUUUGCUUGCAAUUCGAUUUGUGGGUUUUGUCGUCCGGGGCCUGGUUGAUCGGUAGUCGCGUGAAUCAUUGAGACGAAGCGCGCUGGAAUGUGGGUUUGGGGCGAAUUCGUCUGGUAAUUGAAGAUGGCAGCGAAGCUGAUCGCAAAUUUGAUUGUGCUGGGGUCGGGGAUAGUGCUCAGGGCCGUAUCGCAAGCGUACCGGCAAGCCAUCGUGAAUGCCAGCAAGACGGGCGUGGCGCAGGAGACGGUGCAGAAUAUGGCGCACAAGGUGAGCAAAACGAUGACGGAACACGAAGCCAGGCAAAUUCUGGGGGUCAGGGAAAAUGCAACAUGGGAGGAGGUGGUGAAGAAGUACGACGUGAUGUUUGAGAAUAAUAUGAAGGCCGGGUCGUUUUAUCUCCAAUCUAAGGUGUUCAGAGCGAAAGAGUGUCUGGAGGCUGCUAGACAACAAACGGAAGGGCAGGAACAGGGGCAGUGAUGCUCUGUCAUCACUGGCUUUUCUUAGGAAUUAGUGCUUUACCUGGCUGCUUUAUGUACAUUUGGUAUGUCGUAACCAAUCUGUGCGGGUUAAAACAGAAAUUCUUGAUGCCGAUGCGUCUGCGAUCUUGCUCUUCAAUUCCGGAACCACAUCCCUUGAGACUUAUAUGUAAUCAAUGACCUGAGGCCGUCCUCCACUGCAGCAAGCUAAAUUGCUGAUUGUGAGCUGAAAUUCAAUUUGACACCAAUGAACGUUACUAUACCCUUGACAUAUUUAGUGGCCGGUCAAGUCCUGAACGCUUUCGUAUACGAUAUGAAGUUGCAACAGUUCAAAGAUUUGAACCUGAUAUUACUAGUUUUCUUUGUGAUCAUUUACUCCAUUGUGAAUGUAAUCAUUCUGAUUGCGCAGUAAUAGUAGUCUUCUCCGAUAUACCAAUAUAAUAUUGGUUCCUUGAGCACUCUGCACUUUAUUGUCCUCCAGUACAGAAUAUGUUUCAAUAAUAGGAACCGCAAGUCGAGCUUUUGGAAGGUGAA